AUGCCCGAACCAGGAACAGGAUUCCCCCAGCAUGGGCAACCCCUACCGACCGCCGACUGCCGACCCCCCCGAUGGCGCCGACGACCAUCAAAGCCACCGGGAAAGACCAGGUUCGCGAUUCCGAAAAGUCUUGAUAGAGAGACCUGGCCUUCUCUUCAAGGCUGCGACAAAGCAACAAAGUGUGGGCGUAUGGUAUCAACAACUGCGGACUUCCAAGCACACAAUGAGCCUUUCAGACGACUGUUCAUGUUGUCGUUUCAUCGUCAAUGUAUACGGGCCGGGACUCUACAUGGUAGCUGUAGACUCCAUGUCAGAAAUCGCUAG